CUCCAUUCACUGACCGGCCGUCGUCGCGAGUAGUCGCGAGUCUGUCCUGCUUUCUUCUGAACAUCGAUACCGUUCCAGGAUCUAACGGAAUAUCCCGGAAGUGCGGUUUAGACUUCGCCUGGCUCUUUGUGCGCGAACUUUUCUCGUACGAGCUAGUACGAAUCUUCGGCACUCCUAUCGGGAACGAUCGAUAUCGAUCGGUGGUUUGUAAUCAACGCCUAGAAUGUAUUUGUGAAAGCUAACUUGUUGGUCUAUCUUUCUUCUUCUCGCGUAUUUAUGUUGCGUGUGUGCGCGCACAUGCGUGCAUGAUUUGUGUACAUAGCAGUGUUUGUACGGAUUCGAGAAGGUCUUUGGACGCGAAAGGAUACGAUCGAUUGCGAUUCGUGGAACGAGAUAUGACCGUCGCCGGAAAGAGAUUCGUGGACUGUACCAUUUUGGAAACUGGAAGCAUUGCUGACGCAGAGGACUCUUCUUAUGACAGCGAUUACGAAGUCGAAGAUUUGAUUCCAUCCACGAAUGCUCAUUCGCCAGUGGAACUCCAGGUGUCCACUUCAAGCCACUCAGAUGUAUCUAGGACCAUCUCAGACACCUUAGCUGCAGAAUUUGCAGAAUAUGUCACAGUUCAAGGAAGUCCACCUAUUCAGAGUCCAGGCUACACAGCUCGAGUAGAGUUUGCGCUGAAGCUUGGUUAUACCGAACGAUUAGUCCAAACAGCUUUGCAGAAGUUGGGUCCGGAUCCAGAGCAAAAUGAGCUUUUAGCCGAAUUAAUAAAGCUCGGUGCUAAUAGUUCUCAAAAGUCAGUUGAUACUCCAGAGGAGUCGGAAAAUGUUCUAGAUAUUGAUGCAGUGACAGAUGUGAGCAGUGGAUGCUCUACUAGUCUCAGACCCGUCGUUAUCGAUGGAAGCAACGUGGCGAUGAGCCAUGGGAACAAAGAAGUAUUUUCUUGUAGAGGAAUUAAAAUUUGCGUAGACUGGUUUAAAGCAAGAGGACAUGAAGAAAUUACUGUGUUCGUACCAAAGUGGAGGAAAGAGGCUUCUAAAAUUGAUAAUCCAAUCGCUGAUCAGGAAAUUCUAGGAGAAUUAGAAAGGGACCGUUUAUUAGUUUUCACACCAUCUCGAUUAGUUGGCGGUAAGAGAUUAGUUUGUUACGAUGAUCGGUAUAUCCUAAAAUUAGCAGCAGAAAUUGAUGGUAUCGUCGUCAGCAACGAUAACUAUAGAGAUUUGGCACAGGAGAAUCCAGAAUUUCGGAAAGUCAUAGAAGAGAGGAUUUUAAUGUACACUUUCGUAAAUGAUCGUUUUAUGCCACCAGAUGAUCCAUUAGGCAGAAGCGGACCGACUUUGGAGAAUUUCUUGCGGAUUAUCCCAAAAAAGUCUGAUCCAGCCCCACCUUGUCCGUAUGCAAAAAAAUGUACUUAUGGAAAUAAAUGUAAAUUUCGACAUCCAGAAAGAGGUCCUCACCCUCAAAAGUCAGUUACAGAGAAAUUAGUUGAACAUGUACAAAAGCAUCUUCAAACAAGAGGUGUAAGUUCGAGCUCUGUUAUAUCAAAUAGCGUACCUUCCAAAAUACCUCAGCAUCAACCAUUGUGUAAGACCAGAUCGACGAUAACCGCUAGCGCUCAAUCAUUGCAUUCGGUUAUAAAAAGUAAAUCUGUAGAAAAUGUUACAGUCGAGCAACCAAUAAACCCUGGCACGCAUGGAUCUCAAGUACCCUCGACUACAAGUUCUCAGGGUUAUCAUUCUUCCAUGUGGUCAGCAGGAAGAUUAAAUAAACCAGAGGUAGAACUACAAAAUCCUCAUAGAAAACUUCAAAGGCAAUUAACAUUGAAUCCAGUCUGUGAUCCUCGACUUUGCCGAUUGCGGCAAUAUCAGCAAUCAUCUCAAACAAAGUCGGUAUCACAAUCAGCUAGUUCAGUAUCUUCUAUCACAACUUCUAGAUCGCAACAUAGACCAUUAACUAGACAUUCGAGUAACGAAUCACCUUACAGAGCUCCAAUGAAUUGGGAUCAUUCGGAAGCACGACAAUGUCAUCAACAUGUAACCCGUAUUGCUUCGGCGCCAGAUUCUUAUCAAGCUUGGCCACCAAAUAAUUCAAGCAUGAGCGCAUCGUCAGGAUCAAAUCCACGAUUGGGUGCCUCAGACCCACAAUUGAAUCCUGUUGCAUCUUCUUUGUACUCGAACAUGCCUUCAGACGUAUUGAAAGAAUUUCUGGACACUAGAACUAAGAUACAUUAUCAUUUGGCGAAUAUUUUUCCUGAAGAACAUGUAAGGGCUGCUAUGCUCAUUCACCCGUUUGAAACAGAUCCAAUAGAAAUCUGCAUUGCUGUUCUAAAGAUGUAUCCCCAAUAAUGGAAUACAAUAGUAACAAGAAAAAAUAAAUGGGAAGCAAAGUCACGAACAAUGUGGAAAGUCAACGUUAGCUACAAUGUAAAGAUCAAAACUCAGCGGUGAAAAGAAGAUGCUAUUAUUAACCUUGUCGCUAUGAGCGGCUACUU